AUGUUUGUGACGUCGGUGGCAAACGCAGUAAUGGUGGAUAUCGUGAAGUUCUUGAAGCGGCUACCCAAGGGCACAAAACCGCAGGUUCGACAAGGUCAUUCUAGCGGUAUAACAACCAACUUGACCAAAGAUUCUCCAACUCAACCAGACCAAUCACCACAAUCGCCCCCUCCACCACUGGCCCUCCUCGAGAUUCCCAUGACUUUGGAGAUACAAGCCGCGAUCCAUCAGACCCCAAGCUCCUCAGGUCGUCGAAAAAGGCGUAGCAGAGGUGGUCGUGGAGGUGGCGCCACUGGAGCUAGUAGCAGCACCCUUCAGGGUUCUAUCUCCUUUUCCCGUUCAGGCUGCGCUAGUUUUACUCCUUCUCAGCCUCAGCGACUGAGUUGCCGAGCGCGUACCAUUAUCACCGUACUGUGUUGUGUGUGUAUGCUUUGGCUAGUAUCGCCGGGUUCGUGUUUGACACCUUCGUCCACAGGACACUUGGAUCAUCACCCUUCCUACGCUGUUGUAUGCAAGCCCUCAGUACCACUGCUGCCUGUCGUCCUGGUAAAGCGUGUUUUUGCCGUGGAUGAAAAAGCGCAACAACUGAGGCCCUUGGAGCGGGGUGGAGGGAAGCACCGACGACGUGAUGUAACGCGGACCUCUCUCUGUGAAUGGAGUGAGACGGAGUGUCGUCGCGCCCGCUUGCCUCUGGCACCGGCCAAUUGCAAUUCGCCUUGGGGUACAUCUUUGCACUCGUCUCUCAAAGAGGCGCCAUUUGCCUCCUCUUACCUCUCAAGGAGGAGUAUUUACAGGUUAACCGCAUUUCAGUGGUGUGGUGUGGUGUGUUGGAACUCUCUUCUGCUAUCUCUUGAUGUAAAGCGAUGUUUAUCCUCAGACCCGAUCAUCUUCCAGUUUGGUCGAAAACGACCUAGUGAUUGUGAUGCCCUGGACACACGGCAACACCUCUUCAGCCCCAAACGAUUGUGUCUCGAUGCCUCAUCAGAAAUCCCCUCUUCUUCCCUCCUCUACAGUGUGUUUUUGGGUUGUGAAGAUCCCUCUUCGGAGUCCACAAAGAGAAGCCGGCUUAGUUAUUAUCCCAGCAUACUCAAAAGACCCCCACCUUCCCGAAAGCGCGCUCCACUUAAUGGCAGCUUCCACAACGCCAACCAGGAUGCCCUACCUAUGUCCGCACUGACCUACCAAUGGCUUGUGACUGCGUUCUGGGGUCAAAUGUUGGCAGCACGAGCGUGGACACCGCCCAAGGAGGAACCGCUGGAUCUCUCCUGCAAGCAAUCAAAAUCGCAGUUCGUCAACAGUAACAUAUUCAGUAGCAUACGUCGAUUAGCGGAACCGGUGGAAAAUGCCCCAGUGGGCCUUGACGCAGAGAUACGAAGGUGCAAUACCUUUCCACAGACCUUCUGCAGGCCCACCAUGGAUGUGUCACCCCGGAAUUUGUCACUGGAGCGACUCUGCCUACUUCCUACUUUUGAAGCUCUAGUGAACAGUGCCAGGCUUUUUAACGAUCUCAAGUCGAAUUAUCUUAACUCUGUGGAUCAGAGGUUGGGUCUUAAAAAUCUCCCCUAUAAUGAGUCGCUCCUCGAGACUUUUAUGAAGACGAAAAAAGAUAUAAUACCGGAGCAGAAUAUGCAUUACCGGCGUACAGAAGGGCUGGGCGGCUACCGGCAUGGCCCGGAGGAAAGUAACAAACGCGGAGCCUUGGUGGUGUAUGAUGUUGAUGAUUCGGAAGAGUCUAUCGCUAUUUGGCCCGCGGUGUCCAUCGCUGUAGAGCAUUGCGUCUCAACUGAGGAGUCAGAAGGGCGACACUUCGACCUAGUCGAUCUCCCACUUGAGCUUGCAUUGUCCAUUUUAUCUCAUCUGAAUCCCACGGAUCUUUACUUAGCCUCUGGAGUUUGGUGGAACCUUGCUUCGAAUGAGUCACUCUGGCGGGGGCUGUGUCGAGCCUACUGGCCCUUCUGUUCGGUCUAUGAGACGUGGCGGGAAAGGCCGCACUUCUCCUUUCGAAUCCUCUUCCUCCGUCUCGACGAAGCUCGACUAACCUUCAACAGCGACGCCUUCGAGGGAAUUCGUUAUCUUCAGGAGAACGAAAUCCUCAAAGACGAUAUUCAUCACGUGGCUUUGUACCUCCACGUCACUCCUGGACUGGAUCCAGUGCAGAAGAGACGAUAUCUUGAGGCUAGUCCGGAGGUGUUGGAUGAAGUGAUUCGCCUGAAAGACUUCCGCAGCGCCUUCUUACCGGAUGCUCUACGGAGUCUCUUUACCGAGCUGCCCAGUCCGGAGAACGACACGCACAACUUCAUUCCCCGAUUGCUCGAACGCUUCUCGGAGCAUUUUGUCCGCUGCAAUCCGCACAUUGGUCUUCGCCCAGAUGUAGUCUACGUGCUCUGUUUCUCGUUGCUCAUGCUGUCGAAGGACUUUGCGAGCCCGCAGAUAAAGAAUAAGAUGUCCAAGCGCGAGUUUAUCCGCAACACGCGACGAGCAGUGCCGGCGGCAGAUGUUGAGUUGUUGGGUCACUUUUACGACAACGUCUACGUGGAGGGCGACAUCGCCACCUGGGUGACGGUGAAAAGUAGUGGUGUGGCUCCCUCCGCCUCGCCUCCAACGGCGCAACGAGUGACCGAGGUGCGCGCCGCUCCCCGCCCCUACCGCAUCAUUGCGCUCUCUUAG